AUGGAUAUCACUAGUUUUAGCCAAUUGGAUGGUGAAUCGUUGUAUGAAACUUGGGAACGGUUUAGAGAGUUGCUUCGGAGAUGUCCACAUCAUGGACUUCCCGAUUGGCUAAUCGUACAAACUUUCUACAAUGGUUUAUCUUUCUCUACUAAAACUACCAUCGAUGCAGCCGCAGGUGGAGCUUUAAUGGGUAAAUCACCCCAAGAAGCUCAAAGUUUAAUAGAAGAAAUGGCCGCAAACAACUACCAAUGGGCCAAUGAGAGAGGUAAUCCGAGACGCCACGCAGAUAUGAUUGAAAUGGACACUCUUAACAUGUUGGGUGCCCAAAUGAACAAUGUGGUGAAGUUACUCAAUAGGCAAGCCGGAGUUGGUUCAAGUUCAUCUAAUGCACAUGUGGCGUGUUGUUCCGUAUGUGGAGGUGAACAUGAUACUAAUGAUUGUGUUGAUUUUGAGCAGGUACAAUUUGUUAACAACUAUAAUCGAAAUGCUCAAAAUAAUCCCUACUCAAACACUUACAAUCCGGGGUGGAGAAAUCAUCCAAACUUUGUAUGGAAAGAUCAAAGCAAUCAACAUAGGCCAACCAAUCCGCCGGGAUUCCAACCUAGGCAACCACAAGCGGAAACUAAACUAGGUUGGGAGAUCGCAGUGGAAAAGCUUGCCAAAGUUACUUCGGAUAGGUUUGAGCGAGUAGAAGGAAGAUUGGACCAACUUACUACAAUGUAUCGGAAUGUUGAGGUCCAAAUUGGCCAAAUUGCUGGUUCUCUCAAUAACAGAAAUCAAGGAGAAUUGCCUAGUAAGACGGAGUUAGAAGAUCCUCCAGUGGUUGAAAGUGAGAAAAAUGAGAGGGAAAAACAAGAAGAAAAGGAGAGGAACCAAGAGGCAAGUUUGGAGGAAGAUAGUCGGGAGAAACCAAGAGAAGAUCAACCAUCAUCUUCCACUACCAUCCCAAUACCUCCGGCGGUUCCAUUUCCUCAAAGACUCAAGCCAAAUAAGAUUGAUAAAGAAUUUGAAAAGUUUGUUAAAAUUUUCAAACAAUUGCACAUAAAUAUCCCUUUUGCCGAUGCUAUUUUGCAGAUUCCUUCAUAUGCCAAGUUUCUCAAAGAGAUCAUGACGCGAAAGAGGAAAUUGGAGGAUUGCGAAACAAUAGCAUUAACAGAGGAGUGCAGUGCCAUCAUACAAAACAAACUACCACUAAAAUUGAAGGAUCCGAGAAGCUUUUCUAUACCUUGCACUAUUGGUAACAUCGACUUUUCUAAAGCAUUAUAUGACCUUGGUUCUAGUGUAUCAUUAAUUCCUUUAACGGUAGCAAGACAAUUAGGUUUGCAUGAGCUUAAAUGCACUAAUCUUACCUUGCAACUAGCGGAUAGGUCUAUUAGAUAUCCAUUGGGAGUAUUGGAGAAUGUAUUGAUUAAGGUUCAAAAAUUUAUCAUUCCCGUGGAUUUUGUGGUCUUAGAUAUGGAAGAAGAUAUAUCUAUGCCCAUUAUACUUGGUAGACCAUUUCUAGCAACUGCAGGCAUGCAAGAGGGAGAUUGUGAAGCAAUUGAAGAAGUGGCCAAGUAUUUGGAUUUUCAAGCACCCUAUAAUAGGGGUAAUGCCUAUGAAAGUCUUGGCCAAGGAAAAGGACUACCACCACCUUCGGAGAUUGAACCUCCAAAAUUAGAGCUCAAGCCACUUCCAACUCAUCUAAGGUACGAGUUUCUUGGAGAAAACAAUACUUUACCGGUCAUUGUUAGUGCUUACCUAGAUGAAAAGCAAUGUGCAAAGUAG